AUGUUCAACUUCGCCUGGUUCAAGUCGUCCAAGGAAGAGGCUCCUGCGGCCACCUGGAACGCCAACACGUUGACCAUGGAGCAGCCUUCCAGCCCGGCGGCUCCCCAGCAGCAGCAGCAGCAACAGCAGGUGGUGACCGACCAACCCUCCUCCCAGGAACCCAUGCAAAUGACCCUCCGAGGCGGUGGUUCGGGCGGCGUCUGCUGCGGAAUCUGUGCCGGUCUCGCCUGCUUCGAAUGCUGUGAGAUUUGCUGUUAA